GGUUUGAAGUCUCCCUACUUUAACAUUCAGCAAAAGUACUUUUACAAAUCAUAAUGACACGCAUGAACAUUAUCCUCGGUACAAUGACCUUUGGUAAAACCCAAAGCAGUCGUAUCACUGAUACGACUGUUGUCAAAAGCAUUAUUGACAAGUUUGGUGAAUUUGAAUAUACCGAGCUUGACACAGCACGUGUUUAUUGUGAAGGCACGACAGAAGAGGUGCUUGCAGAUGUGGGUGCCGUCCAGAACUUCAAGAUAGCAACCAAGGUAGCACCUCGUACACCAGGAGAUCACGAACCUGAAAAGCUCCAAGCUUUCUUCCGCACCUCCCGUGAAAAGCUCAAGGCUGAAAAGGUCGACAUUUUCUAUCUUCAUGCGCCAGAUCACGCUACUCCUAUACAAGAUACCUUGGCUGCUGUUCAAGAACUUUACGAGCAAGGCCACUUUGAACGUUUUGGAUUGUCAAAUUAUGCAGCUUGGCAAGUGAGCGCUAUCUGUGAAAUCAUGGCCAGCAAAGGAUGGGUGAUGCCAAAAGUUUAUCAGGGCAUGUAUAAUGCCUUGACACGUGACGUUGAACACGAACUGUUCAAGUGCCUUCGCCACUACAAUAUCGCGUUUAAUGCAUAUAAUCCUUUAGCCGGCGGUUUGCUUAGCCCCCACUAUGAAAACAUGGCAACACAGGUCGAAUCGUAUUCUCGUUUUGAUCCUAACACCGUACAAGGCAAGCAGUAUCGUGGUCGAUACUGGAAUGAAGUUUACUUUGAAGCCGUUGGUAAAGUGCACAAGGUAGCCAAGGAGCAUGGUCUCAGCCCAACUGAUAUUGCUCUGCGCUGGAUGGUACAUCAUUCUCUGCUAAAUGCCAAUGAAGGUGAUGGUGUAAUCAUUGGAGUUUCGUCAUUGGUUCAAUGCGAACAAAAUCUUAAAGCUGUUGAACAAGGUCCCUUGCCUCAAACUAUUGUGGAUGCUCUUGAUGAUGCUUGGGAGGUGGCUGUUGUGAAAUGCCCUCCCUACUACCGUUAAUCAUAUGAACGCGUCGUGAAAUAUAAAAAUUACUGGAUGAAAAAACAGUUUGGGCAUUUGGUGGUGCUGUUAUACGAGUAGUAUUUGUCUAAGCCCUCAACCUAAUUUAGGGGCGAACAUUAGCUUGCCACACUUUAUCUGAAAGUCUAGAUUAUCUAGUACGAUAGUCCCUUUGAUGACCAAUCCACAUCGAAAUACGCUCAACGAUUAUCAUACGAAACAUCUCUUAUUACAUAUCUACAGAGGAGCUACAUAGUUGGAAUGUAUAUGCUUAUUGUCU